AUGGCUGGUCACAACGAUCCUCGACUGCUUUAUUCAAUUCCGAACAUCAAAGCCUACCAUAUUCAGGAUGGCGAUGAGAGCUCCUUGACUCCUUCCGGUCCUCAGACACUCUCUCUUUUGAUGGUCCCUACUUCUUCUCCGUUUGCCGACCCCUCCACGAGCCAGCAAAAGGAAGCGCCCGAACAGGACUUCUACUUGCACCUCCACCUCCCUCCAGAACUCGAUCUGCCAUUACCUGCCACCACCCAGAUAUAUCAUCAACCUCCCAGCAGCUACCUCUUGCCCCGCUGGGACCUCGGUGCUGAAAGUGGUGCUUUCACUCGCAUAGAGUUUCCGAGCAUCGGACCCGGGAAAAAUCAGGUAACGCAGGACGAUAUCGACACCUUUGAAACUAUCUUGGCGCAAUGUACCGCUUUCCUAGAACGUUCAGGGGCGCUGCCGCAGGGCGAGCCUUUGCCAGCGUACAAUCCAGCCGACUACGCGCCCGGAGAAGGUUAUGCGGGCAGCCACACCUACGAGGGCCACGCUGGUCAAAUUGUUUUGAUAGACGAAGAAAAUGGAAGCGUGGUCGGGGAAUUGAGUGACGGGUUCAAAGUUGUCGAAGAUCCGAACCUCAAAGUCGGUUCAAAGAAUCCUGUGGAAAUUCAACUGCCGGCCGAAGGCAACGAGAUUGAUGUUCGCCCCGUCUCUGAAGAAUACCUAAAAUUGGCACGACACCCGGCUUACAAAGACUCCCUGAUCGUAUCAAACGCCGCCACCGCAUCUCGCCUUAUCGUCACAGGCUCCAGUUAUCUUUCUGGGAUUCUCACCUCUGGGGCAGAAUCAUUUACCAAAAAGGUGAAAUCUAACCCUCAGCCAAUGACCUUUACUCCCACUACGCAUGCGCGGGUUAGAAAGCUACACAACUUCUCGCAAGGCGCGGCCGGCCUCUCUGCAAAGACUAUCGGUCAAAUUGGCAAGUACGCGCAGAACUUUGGUGCUUCGAUGGCACGAAAGGGCGAAAAAGAGGCCAAGGAUACCAAACCUGGUAUGCUGAACAAAUCCAUGAUUGCAUUCUCGACUAUCAUGGACGGCGUGGACCAGGCUGGUCGCCAACUAUUAGCAUCUAGCUCUUCUGCUGCGACGACCGUGGUCGGCCAUCGCUAUGGCGAAGACGCACGUUCACUGGCAGCAGACAUCGCGGGUGGAGCAAAGAAUGUCGGUUUAGUAUAUAUUGAUGCCGCGGGUGUCUCGCGCCGUGCCGUAAUCAAGUCGGUUGCCAAGGGAAUGGUUGUGGGCAAAGUCCGCGGUGGCGGUGAGCUUAUCGUGGGUGGCGGAGAUGGCGGGGUCAUUCCCGCCGCUGAUCAGAAACGGGCUAUUGAAAGCGCUAGCAAUCAGGCUCCCCCUGGAUCAAAGACUGGCUAA